CGGUCUGCUGUGGUGUCUUGACAGCUAAGCGAGCGCUGCCAAAAUGUUUCACACAAAAUACGCAGUUUACUUCAUAUAAGAACUGCUGUAUCUUGUUUUUGGGCUAAAAUGAACUAAAGCUUUCGUGUAAUCUGUGGCACACCAGCAGUGUGUUUAUUUUAAGUAUUUUUGUGUUAUUUUACAGACUUCUUCGUCAUGUCGUUUCUAGUGGACUCAGUCAUCAUGUUCACAUCUCAGGUGCUGUUUUUUGGGUUUGGAUGGUUAUUCUUCAUGCGACAGCUGUUUAAAGAUUAUGAGGUGCGACAGUAUGUUGUCCAGGUGGUUUUCUCCGUGACCUUCGCAUUUUCUUGCACAAUGUUUGAGCUCAUCAUUUUUGAGAUUCUCGGGGCCUUAAGCAGCACCUCCAGAUAUUUUCACUGGAAGCUGAAUCUGUAUGUGAUUCUGCUGGUUCUAAUCUUUGUGGUGCCUUUCUAUAUUGGUUACUUUGUUGUCAGCAACAUAAGACUAUUGCAUAGGCAAAGACUUCUUUUUGCCUGUAUGGUGUGGUUCACCUUCAUGUAUUUCUUCUGGAAGUUGGGAGACCCAUUUCCUAUCUUGAGUCCAAAACACGGAAUUUUGUCCAUUGAGCAGCUGAUCAGUCGUGUUGGUGUGAUCGGAGUCACUCUAAUGGCUUUGCUCUCAGGGUUUGGUGCUGUCAACUGUCCAUAUACAUAUAUGUCCUAUUUUCUCAGAAAUGUAACAGAUAGUGACAUUCUUGCCCUGGAGAGGCGGCUGCUCCAAACCAUGGAUAUGAUUGUCAGCAAAAAGAAAAGAAUCGCCAUGACAAGGAGGCAGAUGUAUCAACGAGGAGAGGACCAAAACAAGCAGACUGGUUUCUGGGGCAUGAUUAAGAGCGUCACCUCUACACAAACAGGCAGUGAAAAUCUGUCCUUGAUUCAACAGGAAGUUGAUGCUUUGGAGGAGCUGAGUCGACAACUCUUCCUGGAGACUGUGGAUCUGCAAGCUACCAAGGAACGAAUCGAGUACUCAAAGACAUUCCAGGGGAAAUACUUCAACUUUCUCGGUUACUUCUUUUCCAUCUAUUGUGUUUGGAAAAUCUUCAUGGCCACGAUAAACAUAGUGUUUGAUCGAGUUGGAAAGACGGAUCCAGUGACGAGGGGUAUCGAAAUAACAGUAAACUACUUGGGGAUCCAGUUUGACGUGAAAUUCUGGUCUCAGCAUAUUUCCUUCAUCUUGGUUGGAAUAAUAAUUGUCACUUCCAUAAGAGGUUUGCUCAUCACACUAACAAAGUUCUUCUAUGCAAUAUCGAGCAGCAAGUCUUCCAAUGUCAUAGUACUGGUCCUUGCGCAGAUCAUGGGGAUGUAUUUUGUUUCAUCCGUGCUGCUGAUGCGGAUGAGUAUGCCACUGGAGUAUCGCUCUAUUGUAACAGAGGUUCUGGGAGAACUCCAGUUCAACUUCUACCACCGCUGGUUUGAUGUCAUCUUCCUGGUCAGUGCGCUGUCCAGCAUCCUCUUCCUUUAUCUUGCCCACAAGCAGGCACCAGAAAAACACAUGGCCCUCUAAACACCAAUAGUGAUUAAUGGGCUUAGCUUUUUCUGCAGUUCUAAGAUGUAUAGCCAUCGUUUUAAAGGCAUUUACUCCUGAACCAGGAAGAAAAAGUGUUUCAGGGCUGUUGGAGCAAGAACUGAAGAAGCUUUGCAACUGGACUCUGUAGCACAGUGUAUUUACAGAAGAUUGUUGAAAUUAUACAAAACAUUCUCUUUGUUUUGUAUUCUUUUGGUUCAUUUGUUAAAUAUUUUUAUUUCGUCCCACACUGGUUGAGCAAAACACAUUUCUUCUUUAACUGUGGAGUGAAAAAGGGGGGAAAGGUUUUCCCACUGUGACUUCCUUUUUUUUUGAAUGUUCUGAUUUAUGAUUUUGUUUUGGAGAGAGACAGACUCAUAAAGUCAGCCUUAACUCGGAGGGAAGGUGUCAGCUUGAGUUUUUUACUUUAUGUGAGAAAUGUGAACUUUUUUUAAAACAUUAAAUAAAGGCAAAGA